AUGUCCGUUGGAUUGCGCCUAAACGAGGGUUCCAAACUGGUCCAAGGUGAGGUUGACGAACUGCAGGUAGGCUUCCCAGGACUUCGUUUUUCCCAGCUGUAACUCUGACUUUGAUUGGAAAGGUUUCACUUUGAAUAUCGGGUUGACUUGGCUUGCUCUUGUGUCUGUACUUUCUGCGGUUGUUCUUGGUUUCGGAAUCCUUCGAUAGCGCCCGCUUCGAAAAUUCUUUGAGGGAAAAUUUGUUUGACGAUAUUGAUAUUUAGGCUUGGAACCAAUGGACAAUGGACAUAUGGAUACUAAAAGUUCAUUUUACUAUGGACACUAAAAGUACAUUUUGACUCCUUGUGUAAAUAUAAAGACGAUCAGUGGACUAUUAUUAAAACUGCAAAUUCAGGAAAUCAUGUUGGUUUCAAUACCUCUAUAUCGAACACUAAACAGCAAAUCUAAAUAUAAAUGCCUUCAUGUCUAUCACCAGAAAGAAAUAAAGCUUUGCAUCGUAUUAAACUGUAUUAAAUCCUGAGAAGAAUAAUGCGAGCCCAAUACAAAAUAAAUAAAAUCGAAUAAAAACAAAGAGUCGUUGAAUGCUCGAGCUGACGACAAUUUCCGAAAAAUCUUGACAUCCGACGGACUGACAUGGAUUGAGUAUGUUUCCCCAAUAUAACUCGUCCGGGGACUGGGCACGAAAAAGCAAGAACGUCAUGUAACUUCAAGAAUAGGGAUUCCCUAUUCUUGACAGAUAGACUCCCUAUUCUUGACGUUACAUGACGUUCUUGCUUUUUCGUGCCCAGUCCCUGGCCGAGUUAUAUUGGGGAAACAGUACUGAAUCCAUGUCAUUCGGGCGGAUGUGAAGAUUUUUCGGAAUUGUCGUCAGCUCGAGCAUUCGACGACUCUUUGUUUUUAUUAGAUUUUGUUUCGAAUUUAUUUCUUUUGCAUUGCGCUCGCGUGAUUCUUCUCAGGAUUUCAGUUUAAUACGAGAUUAUUUAUAUACAGUAUGUUGGAUUUUCACGAUCCAACGGAUCGACAAUAUUUUGAAUAAUUCAUGGUAAGGAUAGCUUUAUUUCUUUCUGGUGAUAUACAUGAAGGCAUUUAUAUUUAUUUUAGAUUUGCUGCUUAGUGUUCGAUAUAGACCCAGCUAGCACAGUACGUAAGCACGCCACAACGUUUUAAAUUGGUUAUGGUUUGGUUAGGUCCGAUCUAACCUUCAAAUAACGUAAUUAGAACGUUGUUCGUACACGACACAAAAAAAUGAAUAUCCUGACGUGGUAAUUACGUUCUCAUAAAGUGAUAGAUUUACGAUUUCUGCCAACGUCGAGAAAACGUUUUAAACACGUACGGAUCAACAGGUCGGUACGUGGCAACUGCGUUAUUAUUGAGCAGAGAUUUGCGUUUUCCGUCAACGUCGAGAAAACGUUUUAAACAAGUACGGGUCAACAGGUCGGUACGUGGCAACUACGUUCUUAUUGAGUACAGAUUUACGUUUUCCGCCAACGUCGAGAAAACGUUUUAAACACGCAUGGGUCCACAGGUCAGUACGUGGCAACUACGUUCUUGUUGCGUUACAGAUUUACGUUUUCCGCCAACGUCGAGAAAACGUUUUAAUAAACACGUAUGGAUCCACAGGUCGGUACGUGGCAACUAAGUUCUUGUUGCGUCACAGAUUUACGUUUUCCGCCAACGUCGAGAAAACGUUUUAACUUAAACAUGUAGCCAAACUUUUUGAAAAGGGUGAUUACACUUUUAGAUCAAGUCGCACGUGCAAUUACCGCUGCUCACAUAUCGACUGAACAGAAAUGUGCGUAAUUUAUUUUAUUCCCAAAUUCCAAUGUAUUUUCAGUUCGCGCACGUUGUCGCUGAGCGUAUAGUUUUUUGAGGCAAAGUUUACGGAAGAUAUUAUUCGAUUUUCUUAUCCACGUUCGAAGGUAAGUUAUGUUUAACAGUACAUAUAUAUCUUCUAAUGUAAAUUUGCUUAUUUUGUGGAAUGUCCAUUCAAGUUUUUCUAACAUUUGAUUAUCUCCUCUCAUGUAGUCCUUCCGACAGUUUGUUGUUGACGUUGUUGCUUAUGCUAGUAAAUUGUAUCAUACGAACGCGGAACGCCACGACUUUAUAAUCCGAAUGUAAGCAUAAAUUUAGCUGUUUGUUUAUAUAUUUUUAGUGUAUUGCUGUCUUGUCAGUUGACCUUUGAUAUUUUCUUUUAAAUGAGACAUUUUAAUUAAACACAACAGUAGAGCUUUCAUGGCAUGGACACAGCAUGAUGCAUUUUUUCCAAAACGAGGCAUUUCCUGAAAACCGGUAAAUAGCUUAUACAUGGGAUUACAAUAAAAUAGAUUCUUAAUCUGUAUAUUAUCGUAUUUUAACUGCAGGGUAAAUUUCCAUACAGUCAACAUGUUUGCCGCGCAUAUUUUUAUGGACUCGUUUUUGAUCAUAAACAUUCCUGUAACAUGAGAACAUUUUGCCAAUGAUUCUGCAUGAGGUAUUGAAACCAACAUGAUUUCAUGAAUUUGCAGUUCUAAUAGCCCUGUGAUCGUCUUUAUAUUCGACAACUCUUUGUUUUUAUUCGCUUUUGAUUCUUUUGAUUAGAGAAUGUCAAGGCGAAAACGGUGAUUCGGAAGAUGAAAUAUCAAUUCGCGAGGUACGGAGUUCCGGAUGUGUGUAUGACCGACAAUGGUCCGCAGUUCGUGUCCGAGAAGUAUCAUAAGUUCAGCAAGAGUUGGAAGUUUCAGAGAAUUACAUCUUCUUCCAGACAUCCUCAGAGCAAUGGUCGUGUAGAAAAGCAGUCCAAGCAGUGAAACGUCUCAUGAAGAAUGCGAAGAAAGAUAAUGCAGAUGUGUAUUUAGCGGUGCUGGAUUAUCGAAAUACACCGACACAAGGAAGUGAAAGUUCCCCAGCACAAAGACUAAUGUCGCGAAGAACAAAAACAUUGCUCCCAACGACAGCAAAGUUCUUCGCACAAAGAGUUGUAGAGAAUCACCAUCAAGAGAUUGUGAAAGGCCAAGAACGUCAAGGGAAGUAUUAUAACAGAGGAGCAAAAGAUCUACCUCGUUUAAAGAAAGAAGACAAAGUAAGAAUUUAA